AAAUUAAUUAUUCGCUAGAGGGAGGGGUCGAACCUCCGACCUUGCGGUUAACAGCCGCACGCUCUGACCAUCUGAGCUACUCCAGCUUUACAUUAGUUAACUGUCUUAUUCACUUUAAUUGCUUAUAUACUUCGCAAGAUCUUCCGAAUAUUCUCAAAAUAUUCCUGUAGUUCGUUGAGUGUUUACCUUGGAUCAUCACAUCACUCUCGAUCACAUCCUGUGUCAAUCCACAAUGCCGCCCCAGAAACCAUGCCCCGGUGCCAGUGAUUCCCAAUGGAGAGCACUCGAGCGAGGAGAUGGAGAAAAACUUUAGGGUUCUCAACAUUAGGGCUCUUGGGAUUGGAGGGAAUGGGAGAGGGCGAUGGCGAUCUGGAGGCUCUGGAGGAGGAGGUGAGAGAGAUGGACGCGCGCGUCAAGAGAAUGCGCAGCCAAGGCCCCGCCAGGUUUAAAUCUUUGCUCCAGGAGCAUCUUGUCACGCUCCGGCCCCCUCCAACGCUAGAGCCGCCGCUACACACGCCAUAUCUCGAUGGAGUAAAUGGUGAUUUGUCUGCGAUCCAGACGAGACGGUUGGAGGCUCUCAAUUCGCUUCCCGGAUUGUUGGAGCGCAUCAACAAAUGCACGGAUGAUCUCUCCGCCACUCUCGCCAAGCUCAAGCACAAGCGAUCUUACGACCUGGUUUUCGAGCUGCCGCAUCCAACACUACCCGAGGAGGAUGGCGAUGGCAGCCUCGCCAGUCGAUUCUUUCCAACUUAGCCGCCGUCUCUCUCUCCUGUACAAACAAGGAAGAACAGCACAGCGAAUUCAUCAACAGGGACAGGAAGAACCAACAGACACAAGAAAAUUACUAUACUACCACCUCGUCGGCAUUAAUUUGCUUGUAUCCUUCUGACUUGUAAGUGUUCACUCGUUUGUAACAUUCGGUUUCUGUCCGUCCAUUGAAUGUUUAUCAAUCAGCCUCUGUGUUUGCUGAUCACAACUUCAA